UUCUCGUUCUUAUAUCUUCUGGUAUAUGUUCAAUUCAUUCAAAUAUCUCGUUUCCUUUACAAAAUUUUGGAGGACCAUGGAGGCAAUUAUCACUCUUGCAGAAAAGAUACGCAAUGCAGCAGCUACUGCAGAUGAAGCUGGCCGUAAAGAACUUCUAAAUUCUCUCAGAGAUCUGCAAUAUUCUAUCGAGAAGCCAGAAGAUACAAUGCAGAGAGUUAUCCAUCUGCACCUUGUCAUCGCUAUCACUCGAACCGCAGUUGAUCUGAAACUUUUUGAUAUUCUUGGAGAGUCCGAAGGCUCUCAACAGCUGCGAGACUUGGCUUCCAGAACUGGUGCCGACCCAGCACUUCUCGGGAGAAUACUACGCAUGCUUUCUUCAUUAGGCAUGAUCAAAGAAACCGGUAAAGAUCAAUUUACUUCGAGCCAAACGAGCAAAAAUCUUUCUAUUGCUGAAAUCCAGGCUGGUCUUUACCACAAUUACAAUGUUCUCGGUCCCGCCUACCAGUCUCUACCAGACUUUCUCGCUUCCACAAACUACCAGACUCCCACAGAGACUCACAAAGCCGCAUUCCAAAAAGCUUGGAAUACAGAUUUGCCCUUAUGGUCAUGGUUUCAAUCGCGGCCCAAGGAAACAGCACAAUUUAAUCGCUUCAUGAUUGCACAGCGAUCUAGCACCCCCAAUUCCUUUAAUCUUUUUCCGAUUGAGGAGGAAUGCAAAGACUGGCCUGCAGAGAAACCACUCUUUGUGGAUAUAGGAGGAGCCUCGGGUCAACAAUGUGUUGAGUUCAGGAGAAGAUUUCCUGAUAUUAAGGGUCGAGUCAUUUUCCAGGAUCUACCAGGAGAGAUCGAGCACGCCGUAUCACAAGGCCUACCGGAUGGAGUUGAGGCCAUGGUCCAUGAUUUCUACACUCCGCAGGUCAUAAAAGGUGCAAAAUUCUACUACUUGCGUGCUAUUCUCCACGAUCAUCUCGACGACAAAGCUAUUCUCAUUUUGAAGAAUAUCAUGCAAGUCAUGGAAAAAGAUUCCUUGAUCUUACUCGAUGAAAUGGUGUUGCCAAGCCACAACGUAGACUGGUUUGCUACUCAGACGGAUUUGACCAUGUUAGCAGCGUUCGGUUCAAUGGAGCGAACAGAAACGCAAUGGAAAAGUCUUCUAAAUAGUGUGGGAUUGAAAGUAAGGAGGAUUGUCACUUAUACGCAUGCUUUCAGGCUCAGUAUAAUUGCCGCAAGUCUCUGAAUGGUUGGGACAAACUUGAUGUUAGAAUUUUCAAUGUGGAAUAGUAAAGAGAACCGUAUUAUUUCAUGUAUUCGACCUCGACUAGCACCCUAAACAAUCAUUUUGGUAUAGACUAGCAUUUUUGAUUAUUUGAUCUUUAUUUUUUAUGUUUGAAUAAAUCAUCUGGUAUUUCGAUCUUAUUCUUGUUCAAAUAUUCA